AUGCGCGAGUUCAUGGACUAUGUCCACAGCGCAUUCUACGAGGCGACAGGCUGGCGUCGCGACAACUCGUACGCCGCGCUCAAUGCCACAUCCCAUGCGCUGCUAGACUUCCAGACCCCCCGAGGUCUCCGGCUCACGCUCUCCUCCCUCGCGAGCUCCAACUUUGCAACCUCGUACCAGCUCGGCUCGGUCGGCGUCGUCGACGGCUCCAUCUCGUACCUCUUCUCGUCGGUUCCGCUGCGAGUCCACCUCACGCCGCAGUCGGAAGACGUCCCGCUCCCGGACCUGCUACGCGCCUACCGCCCGCUGGCGCCGCUUUCCGCAGAGGACGAGACGUCCGUCCGGACGCUGCCGGGCGCGGCCAGGCCCCAGUCCUCCCUCCUCUACGGCAGGCUGUACCUCCCGCAGUCGCGGCUCGAAGCCCUCGUGGUCAGGAGACUCUCGCCCGCGCUCCAGCUCCAGCUCAGCGCCGUGUCGGCGCAGCACCUCCGCCACGGGGGCACCGUCCUCGGCCUGGCGCAGUACGACGUCGGCAGAUGCGCCCUCGAGGGCCUGGCCUCGUCCGACGGAGGGCUCCUCGGCCUGCGGGGCAUCUACAACUUUGGCGGCGACGCGCACCCGUCGCCCGCGGCAGAGGCCGCCAGCCGCGGCGAAAAGGAGCGCAUAUACGGGCGCUUCAGCACCGGCGGCGAGAUAUACUACGGCACGCUCAACAAGUCGGGCGGCAUCAGCCUCGGGACUCGGUUCGCCACUCUUCCCGCGCACAGGGGCACCCCGCUCUCGGCCACCCUGACGAUAAAUCCGCUCAUGGGCAACGUUGCCGCCAGCUAUGCCGUCGUCGCAGGCAAGCACUGCAGUCUGGCGACGCGCCUCGAGUUCAACGUGUUCAGCUACGAGAGCGCGUGGGCCGUGGGCAUGGAGCUCUGGAGGAAGCCGCUGCGCCGGCUGGGCGUCGAGGCUCGCAGACCCUGGGAGACGUACAAGGAGAGGAGUCUUGAGGCCAAGCUGGAAUGGAGGCUGGACGAGCCCGAACCUGUGCCUGUGGCGCCGGCGGAGCUGUCGGCCGUUGCUGACAAGCGCAAGAGGGGAGACGAGUAUGCCGGGGUUCUCAAGGCCAGGCUGGAUCAGAACAUGAGGAUUGGCAUUUUGUGGGAGGGCAGGGUGAAGAGCCUGCUGUUUAGUCUGGGGAGCGGCAUUGACCUGAGGAGGCUGGACAAGCCCUUCAGGACGUUGGGCAUGGAGGUUCAGUUCUCCUCGUGA